AUGGUGUCUACCCCAUGCAGACCGUCAUCGCAGAAGCAGCCUCAGGCUGACGUGAUAGAGAAGCAGGUGGACUUACAGGUGCCACCUUCACCAGGCUCUGGAGGGACAGACGAGACGGCUCUGAGGGCUGUGCUGGCUUCUUGGCUCUUGGAGGAGCAUUUAAACAUCCUGGGGAAGCUCGGCUGUGUGCUGUGUUGCUGUGGAUCUGUUGUACUUAUCGUUCAUGCUCCUGCAGCUGUGGCAACAUCAAGACUGGAGCUCGAGGAGAGGCUGUCAGACCCAGUGUUCGUUACAUAUGUCCUGUUGGUGGUCCUGAUGCUGAUCACUCUGAUCCUGUGGAUCGCUCCAGCUCAUGGAAAAUCAAACAUCAUUGUGUAUGUGGCCAUAUGUUCCCUCUUGGGAAGCUUCACUGUCCCAAGCAGCAAAGGGCUUGGUCUGGUGGCCCCAGAUUUGUUCGGAGAAGGGCCAGUAAACUCCAGAGCCCUGGUUGUCUUCCUGGGCCUGCUGGUGACAUUGACUGUCAGCAUCCUGAUCCAGUUCUUCUUCAUCAAUAAGGCCCUGGAGUGUUUCAGUUCCAACAUAUUUGAAGCAAUUUACUAUGUGAUGUUCACAACCACUGUGAUUUUUGCCUCCGGUCUUCUCUUCAAGGAGUGGACUGCACUUCGUGUUACUGACAGCCUCGCUAUGCUCUGCAGUUUAACAACAAUGAGCAUCGGAGUCAUUUUACUUUGCAUUUUCCAGGAGGCUGUGAUUACCUGGAAGCAAAAGGAAACACGAGAAAAGACGGACUAAUUGCAAUGUCUUCUUAACAUUUCUUACAUUCCUGUAACAUUCUACUAUCUCCAAUUCAAUCAUCAACGACACUGGGACCACUGCCAAUUAAAAAUAAAUUAUGUUAUCGCAGCAGUACCUUGCAAUGGGUGGAAUGUUAGCCAUUAGUUGGAAUUUCCCAUGCUUUAACGUGAUGUUUUGGAAAUGAGGAAAAAUAUGCAAAUUUAAGAUUGUAGUGACAAGAAUGAAACUGUAAAAUUAAGCAGCUAUAUUCUGAUACCUCCACAGCUCCUAUAUGAUCUAAAAAAAAAAGAAAAGAAAAAAAAACAAGUAACUGGGCUUCUAUUCUUCUAUUCUAUUUUAUAUCAGAAUAGAAGUCAAGUUGUUUUUGUGUUUUAACAUUUUUGAGGGUUGAUCAUGACCUGGAUGACUGUGAAUCUUCACCAGCAUACUCUUAAAUAAUGUUUCCACUCUGCAGUGGUCAAGGUCAAUAACGGAUCCAAGGAUUUAUUAAAAGGCAGCUUUAACAUAUUCAUUAUCUCAACUUCUCAACAA